AUGAUGCUGGUGGGCGUGAGUCUCUCUGUGUUCCUGCUAAUCCUCUGCUCUCCUCUCAGCCUCUCUCAUGUGGUGACAGAAUUCAGAGAGGAUAAUUGCCUUUCGUUUUUUCUGGACGGGACAACUCCAGUGAUCCCUGAUGUUCUGCAUACUAGUUCAAAUAAUCAAGAACAGAAUCGCUACAAGCUGAUAUGCCAGAAAUUGAAAGAUUCAAAUCCAUACACAUUUGCAACACUCUACGACACAGAAAACAAGAUCCCAGUGUUUUCUGCCUAUACUUACAAGGGCAGUUAUGAAUCCCAAAAAAGAAUCUGGAUGUAUGAGCCUCAGGUACUGUAUUUAUUAACCUUAAAUUAAUAUUUCUUGUUCAGUUUGAUUUUGUAUUUUGUCAUCUCUCUGCAACCAUUAGCCAAAGGAUACAACAAUGUUUAAAUACAUAAAUUAUAAAAAAUAAUGUAGAAUAUAUUUUGUCACAAAAUGUAAACCAGAUUAUACAGCAAUAUCUUUAAGGCAAUAUGUAUUGUAUCCACAGCUGGAUGGAGAGCAGAGUGCUAUAAUGAAGAGAAUAAAUAAAGGGGACAUAAAAAAUCAUCAAGCUACUUACGAUGACUACUUGAAUGAGGCGGCAAAUAGCAGUGAUCAUAAGGUAAGCAGAGGCCAUAUUUUCCCAAUGCAACACGCACAUGACAAAGACAGUUCACUCUCCACCUGCACCCUGACCAACAUCGUCCCCCAAAAGACUACCUUCAACGGAGGGAGUUGGUGUGCUAUGGAGAAGAAAGUGAAAUACAUCAUGGAUAAGCACUGCAAAUGCAACCUUGCCGAACCCAUGGCCUAUGUAGUGACAGGAGCUGUUCCUGGCGAAAACACAAUCAAAAAUAGGGUCAACAUCCCCGACUUUAUGUGGACGGCCUUCUGCUGCGAGUACGAGCUUGGCAAGUGGGGGUCCAUGGCACACUGGGCAAAAAACGAGGAAGAGAUUAUUUUAAAGGACCAAAACAAGAAAAUCAUCCUGCCAAUAACUCUGGACAACCUGCACACUGAACUGAAAAAUCAUUACCAUUCUACAGAAACAAAUGUCUUUCUUAAGGUUUUUCCAGAUAAGUGUCAGACAAAUAUAAAUGGUGAGGGUAGUUCUGGGGGCAGUGAGAGUCAGUGUGAUGUUGACAAUAUCUGUGACACUCCACCUGAACAUCCCUCUUGGUUUGCAACAAUAUAUGGCACAAUGAAAUCUAGAUGUACUAUUUUUUGAUGACAUUCAGUGUCAUUACAGUAACAUUUCAAAUGCAUAAUAAUCUUUAAUUUUGUCUUUUUGCUGUAACAUAUUUUUUUUCUGUGUAUUUUCCAUUGGAGCUGAAUACCCCUUCUGCUCAACUUGUACUGCAAAGAGUCAGUCCCAUCCUACUGGGCACAGACCCCAAUACAGUGUAUUUUCUACAUUGGUUCAACAUAAUUUCAUUGAAAUGACGUGGAAACAAUGUUGAUUCAAGCAGUGUGUGCCCAGUGGGUUGCAGCAUUAUGAUGCUGUUGUUAGAGGACUGUUUUGGUAUCAUUCUCGAUGUAGCACUGGAACCCUCCAAAAUCACAAGAGUUCUCAUGAACAUACAUAGCGCAUCGAUAAGUAAUCAUAAUGAAUAAUCAGACUGUGUGUGUUGAUAAAACGGUAUAUAUUUUCUGUAUCCUUUCCUCGGUUUUCUCUGCCAUAUUAUUGUACUAAUCCAUUCUGUGAUUAAAUCAAUCUGAAAAUUGUUGUCCAUGUGCUAUAGACACUAUUUCCUGGAAUUUCAGUGUGUGUGUGUGUGUGUGUGUGUGUGUGUGUGCACGAGUGGGUGUACCUGACAUCUUUGUACUGGUGGAUGUAGAUCUUGUGGAACUCCUGGGGAACGAGCUCGUCCUCCAAAGCACACAUGUCUGCGAUCAUCUCCAAGGCAACAAAGCGAGGCAGGAUUGACAGCACAAGACGCUCCUGUUGGGAAAUACACAGACCCUCUGUCACUCUCCCUCCUCUGCUGUCUUCAUAAUACAGUUAGUCUUCUUCCUCAUCAGUCCUAAUAAUACAGCCGUGUCAUGUCAAUGCAACUGUAUAUCCUCACACACCCAGUCCUUACAUAUAUUUCCAGUUGAGAAUAAAAUACAGAAUCUUUCAUUAAACACAUUGUGUUGAAUUUGCAUGUGAAUGUAAUGUAGAUAAGGCAUAACCAGAGUGAACAUAGACUUGUUGCAAAUGAAAAAUUUGACUGGGAGUAAAUGCAGUUACCAUAAAGGGCUGUUAGUGAGAAUGAAUAUGCUUGCCUGAGAAAUCAAACAAAAAUAAAGUUUGAAACUGCCCCCCCACAAAUCCUGCUCCUAACCAUUAACAGUGUCACUUGCCACUCCUACAACACUUCACAUUGUUACACACGCCAAUGUUGACCCUUUUCAGCAGUAAGAGUGUCUACUUGGAGGGUACGGUAGGUCUCUGGUUGUCCUGCUCCAGUUUGAGGCGCCCCUCGAUGCAGCGGCGUGUCUCCAGGAAGGCCUGUCUCUGGGCGUGGUCCGUCAGGUAGUGGAUGAACAGGUCAUCUGUGUACAUACCCAGGUACAGCAGCCCUGUGGCCAACACCUGGAGAGAGGGGGAUGA